GUCUUUCACGACGUCGACCUGAUCCCCCUGAAUGACCGUCACAUGUACAGGUGUGGCGACCAGCCCAGACAUUUCGCCGUGGCCUUGAACAAAUAUAAAUACAGGUGAGCAUUGGAAAAAUAGGUUUAAGCUGUUGUUGUUGUUUUUUGUGUGUUCUUUUUUUAAACACUACGAAGAUUCCAUUUAGAUGACGUUGAUGUUCCAUUGUCCAGUACACUCGAUGUGCUUACUGUCUAAGCACUCUGUUGUAUAAGAAAGCAUGUAAUGGAGCAGACCAGGGCCCUACACGGGCUGUAGUGCCACUGAUGAUGAUGACUCUUUUGUGUAAAGGAUGUGUUGUGUAACUGCUGCUACGUUGUCAUUUAUAUAAUAGAAUGACGAACUAGGUAUAUUUGUUCAUUUAUGUCACAGAUUGCAAUACCUGAAAUAUUUUGGGGGCGCUGUCGGCUUCACACGCGACCAGUACCUGGCCGUCAACGGAAACUCCAAUGCUUACUUUGGGUGGGGA